AUGGCCUUCUCCUCGAACAACUACGACAUGAUUGUCGUCGGCUCCGGCUUCGCUGGGACCAUGGCAACACUCAACUUCCUGGAGACCUGCCAAAAGCUAGGCAAGAGCGGCCGCGUGGCUCUCGUCGAGGUAGGCAAAUCGGACGAACGCUGCGGCGCUUCGCGGUGGACGAUGGCCUAUCUACGGCUGGACAAAGACCUCCGCUUCGACGAGGACUGGAAACAUGAGAUGAAGAUGGUCAGCAAAGGCGAGGCAGACCAAGAAUACUGCGAGAAACUCGGUCAGGAGGCGCAGGCGACGGCACUUUACGUGCAGGAUCACGGAGUAACGUUCGUACACCAUGAUGAGCAGAACGUCUUGUUGGAGUUCAAGACCGGUCAGCACUUUGUCUUUCCGGAUGGUGGUGGCAACGCGAUCAUCACCUGUCUGAUGGAUCACAUCAAGAAAUAUCCCAACUGCGAUAUUCACUGGGAAACGGAAGCCAGACACCUCAUCACCACCAAUAGAGGCGCCAUCAAAGGUCUGCUGGUGCGGAAGAAAGAUGGCUUGCUACACGAGCUGUACGCGCCAAACGUUGUCCUUGCCUGUGGCGGCUUCGAAGGUAACCGAGAAAUGCUCGCCAAAUACGUCGGGCGCAGAACCCACGAGCUCCCUCUAAUCGCGCCGGGCAUCAAGCACAACAAAGGCGCAGGCUUGAACAUGGCCCUUGAAGUCGGAGCCGCCACCGCCGGAUCCUUUGAUGGUAUGCAUUGCGAGCUCGUAGACACUCGAGCCACCAAACCUGACGCAGUGAUAUGGGGGCACAACUAUGGUAUCGUCGUCAACGAGCACUGCAAACGCUUCUAUGACGAGGGCAAGAGGCAUCUCUUCGCUACGUUCGAGAUGAUAGCCCUCGAGCUGUGGCGUGACCAGAACCAGAAGGGCUACUUCAUCACCGACGACACAGUCAUGAAACGCUUCCGGCCGGGCUGGGUGUAUGACACGACGGACCAAGAGCCUGAACAAGCAGACACCAUACAUGAUCUGGCGGUUAAGCUUCGCAUCGAUCCCGAUGAACUGGAAAAGACCGUGGCUGAGUUCAACGCCGCGUGUAACGACAAGCCCUUCGACCUCAUGAAGCUUGAUGGCAAGGCCACGACAGGUCUCUCGCCCAACAAGUCUAAUUGGGCCAACCCGAUCAGCACGCCGCCCUACUACGGCUAUCCGGUCACUUCUCACUUAACUUUUACCUAUGGCGGGGUGAAGACCAACACAGACGCGCAGGUGCUGGGUACGAACGACGUCCCAAUACCGGGUUUAUGGGCGGCAGGCGAGAUGACCGGCAUAUAUUACAACGGUGUGUGGCUGUGA